CAGACUCAGUCACGAUGGAAUCGCCGACCGAGAACGUGGAAUUCAAAUCCUACAAGCGCAAAUGGGGAAUUCUGGCUCUCUUCACAAUUAUCUGCAUGUGCAAUGGCACGCAAUGGUCUCAAUAUUCAGUCGUCGGGAAAGUGUUUGCCUUUUACUACAAUGACGCGGAUUUAUAUGCAAUCUACUGGACGAACUGGAUAUAUUUCAUAAGCACUUUUUUCCUCAUUCUGCCCGCCACCUGGCUGAUUAAUUUAAAAGGUCUCCAAGUGGCCAUAACUUUGGCGAUGGUCUUGAACUGCGUUGGUACUUGGAUUAGACUGUUAUCAAUCGAUCCAGAAUUAUUUUGGGUGGCCCUUUUGAGCCAAACGUUGAUCUCAAUCAGCCGGGUUUUCGUUGUGAGCACUCCCAUAGUGCUAGCAGUGACCUGGUUCAAGCCAAAUCAGGUAGCCAGUGCCUGCGCCAUUGGAAUUGCAGGCUUCCAGCUUGGAAACGGACUGGGAAUAUUAAUAUCAGAUGCGGUUAUUCACGAAAGCGUACGGAAAUACGAAAUUGAGUACGAGAUGUCGUAUCUAUAUUGGUCCACGGCGAUCGCUCAUUCCAUUGUGCUACUAUUAGUAUUCAUCUUAUUUCGAAGUGCCCCUUUAACGCCGCCGAGCAAAGUUGAGGCUGAAAAAUCUAAUUUAAUGGAAAAGAAAGGAAUAUUUCAUUCCAUUAAAAGCCUACUGAGCAAUACAAAAUUCGUGACAUUAUUAACAAUCUCUGGAAUCAACCAGGCAGUUUUUUAUUACACUGUCUUUGGCAUGAGGUAUAUGGGAGAUUCUGCGGAGGGAAUUGAAGAAAAAUAUGCAGUUACUUUAUCCGCGACGAUGGUCCUCUCUGGAGCACUGGGAGCAAUUGUAUGUGGAGUGAUUUUUGAUAGGACAAAGAAAUUGCAGAUUUUCAGCUUUGUUAUCUACGCUAUUUCAGCACUGGCAAUGAUGGUGUUUUGCCUAUUGUCUUCCAAAAUUCGAAGAUUUAACAUCAUCUUCCUAUACAUUAACGCUGGAAUUUUGGGAUUUUCUUUGGUUGGUUACAUGCCAAUGGCAUACAGAUAUGCUACUGAGCUCGUCUAUCCUGAACUCGAGGCCAAUUCGUCCGCUGUUUUUACUAUGGGAUCAACUUUUUUAACGUUUGUGUUAGGUUCAAUAUUCGUAUUAUUUUACCAAAUUGAAUAUUACCACCCAAAUUAUAUUUGCUGGUGGAUGAGCGGAGCUCUAAUAAUAGGUUGUAUCUUUCUUGCGUCUAUUUUUGUCAGUAUUAAUCGUGCUCGGCGCGUUUAAGUUAAAAGAUAAAAAAAUUUAAGAUCAAUA